AUAUCUUGUUCUCCUUAUCGCAUGAUUAAGACGCCAAAGCUAUGGAUACCGUUAGACCGAUAUAUUAUCAGGAUUUCCGCGAUACGAAUAGCCGAACUCUGACACGACCCUUCAUAGUUUAUACGAGCCACGAGGAGUUGCACGAUUUAUUAAUUUGACCUUAAAACUCCGAGGCACUUGCCCCGGACGAAUUGCGCGCGCAGUGCACGCACACGCCUGAACAGGUAACAUCGCGGCGUUCACCAAAUAGCCAUUCGUCAAGAAUAAUGCGAUGUUGAAUAGACGGACUCAUUGGUACGCCGAUGCUAGUAUGCGCCCAUGGACCGUUUCGAUCGUUUCUCGAGGAACAGGUACCACUAGUGAGAAAUAAAUUCUGGCCAACCCUAUGGUGUUUCGAAUCGAGGGCGCAGACCAUUAUAGCUAGUCUUCUGAGAUCACGAAUCCUACCGCUCAUUAAUUAUCGCAGGGAGAUCCUGACCCUGUCGGAUGGGGGUGAAGUGGCUUUGGACUGGGCGGAAGAGGGAUGCUCCGUUACAUCUCCCAUCGUGAUCAUCUUGCCAGGACUCACCGGUGCGAGUCAAGCGGAGUACAUCAAAUGUCUUGUCUCGUCCGCGAAAAAAGUCGGGAUACGAUGUGUAAUCUUCAACAACAGGGGACUGGGAGGCGUAGAAUUAAAGACUCCACGGAUGUACUGUGCUGCAAACAGCGACGAUUUAUCAGAGGUUAUCGAGCAUGUAAAGAAAAUUUAUCCUCAUGUACCUCUUGGAGCGACGGGCAUCUCGAUGGGAGGAUUAAUAUUAGGUAAUUAUUUAGCGCAACAAGGAGUAAUGGCAAGGAAUAAAUUAAGAGGAUGCUUUCUAAUCUCUGUGCCAUGGAAUGUUUUCGCUGCGACGAAAAACACGGAAGAGAAUUAUUUCAAUUUGAUGAUAAAUAAAUAUUUGGCUGGCACGCUACGCAAGAAUAUACAACGUUUGCAUUACUCAUCGGAAACCGGAAUGUUCGAUGUAGAUAUUGAAUUACUUCUGAAAAGUCAAACCGUACGAGAAUUUGAUUCGCAUUUCACGGUGAAACAAUUUGGCUACAAAGACGUGGAGGAGUACUAUUCAAACGCAACCAUACACGACAAAUUGCAUUUGAUUGAUGUACCAUUAUUGUGCCUCAGCGCUGCCGACGACCCAUUCCAACCUGUUCAUGCCAUUCCUCUGAAGGAAAUAUCAGAAACGAAGAACGUAGCUGUCGUGGUGACAUCGCGUGGCGGUCAUAUAGGUUUCUUAGAAGGAGUGUGGCCAGUGAAAGAAGAACAAUACAUGGGUAAAUUAUUCUCCCAAUUUUUCGCUGCAUUGUUCAUUACCGAUGUGGAUCGCCAGGUGUUAUGACGAACUUACAAAUUUAAUUGCAAGUUCAUCUACGAAUAUUCUUAGCAAAUGUUCCGUUUAUGUUUGGCCACCGCAUAAAAAAAAAAACCAAUCACGUGCCAUGAUUAAUCGUAUUCAGGGUAUCGCACAUGUGAUGUAAUAGUGUUAAGGGAUACAGAAUUUUCAUAGCUUUUUUUUUAAUGAUAUUCCUGUUACCGACCUAAGACGUAUUAGCUUCUAAUAAUAUAGGUGUAUAAUUUUUUUACACGUAUACGUAAACGUGUUUUAGGUACCAAAAACGCACAUUCGUUUAUUACUAUUACAAUAUAGUAAUGUUAUAAUUUAUUUUUAACAUGACACGUGUUUACUACAAAACCGUGGUAAUUGAUACAUAGAUUUGGACAGAAAUAAAUAAUAUUUUAAUUUUAUAUUUUUGCAUUGUUUUCGAUCCUCAGCUUUAUUUUCAAUCCAAUUAGGAAAUAAUCUUUUAGCGUAUAGAUGGACUUUACUACAACUUCUUUCGAGGACGGGAUGUAAAUCUUAUUGUAAGAAUUUCGGGUUUUAAAAGAUUAACACGACAUAAAUACAAAUUCAUAAUUUAUUUUCAAAUGCUUGAUUUUAUUACUGUUAACAAUAUCUAAUUUACUUAAUCGUUAGGGAAUUAACAUACACUGUUUAUUACAAUGAUCAAAUUUUAAUUGAGUACAAAUACAUGUAUUAUACGAUAAUAAAUUAACUCCGAUGCGUAGUAUCUUUAGUGUCUGUACAAUAAAUUUGUUAAGGAAUGUGAGCAAAAUAAUAUGAAAAGAAAUAUUUUAACGUACAAUUGUUCGUAUAGUUUCCAGUAUUCACUAUUUUUUUCUCACUGGGAGUUGUGCAGUCUUCAUCACUUUCUUAAACUUUAUAGUAAAAGUACAUGAGUAAGAUAUAACACAUGUAUUAAACA